ACAGACCAACAGUUUGCGUGAGAUUUGCGUCCUCAGUGUAGAUGAUUUAGAUUUUGUUUUUUAAAAAUAGUAUCCUAUAAUAUUAUUAAAAAUCUAAAUGCUUUGGCGAUUAAAGGUACUUACACUAUAUUCUGAAAAAAUAUUUAUUUUGUCUUGGUUACGGAAAGUUACUUACAAUGACCCCUGAGUUCACGGUUGCAUUUGCUUGCGCAUCGUGAUAUUACCCAAUUUGGAAAAGAAAUUCCAAACAUUCUUUAUUGUUUACAUUGUUUACAAUCUUCGGGCCUAAAUUAUAUACCUCUGACUAUCGGAUACAGACUCGAUGUCGGCACUAAAUUGUGCUGUAUGGUUAUGAUAUGAUGGUAAUUUCCAAGUGAAGGAACCUAUGUGCAGCGUGGUGACACUGCUGAUGCUGUGAAUUGUAAAUAUGUAAAUAAACAUGGACGAUAUAAACGUGAAAAUAGAGGAAUCUUUGAAGGACCAGUCCGUCGCGGUGGAUUCUCCGUCUGUGGUGAUUGGCGGUGAUGAGGUGGAUCCAUUGGCAAUAGAAGAAACCGUACCAGGCGAGGAUAAGGUGGUGGUAGCUGAGAAUGUAGUCUCUGAAAAGGAUAACGUGGGAAGCUGUGAUGAAAAUACCAAAGAUGAAAAAUUAAGUGAGAAUGUUGCUGAGGUUACGGAUAAUUCAGUGGCUUUACAGGCUGAAAAGAUAAAAGAAGAAUUAUUGAAAGAAGACAGUAACUCAUUGGGGAGUGCAGAAGAGGUCAUAGGAAAAUCACAAAUACAGAAUGAUACAACUACACAAGUAGAGAGUAUUGGACCAGCUAAUAAUAAAUCUGAAGAGAAAGAGUCUGCAGUUGAAACUGUUAAAGAUCCCGAAGUUAUUGUUCAGCAUCUCCCUUCUGGACCGAUACAAUCACAAUCACAACCGCAGCCGAUAGUAGCUUGUCCUCCUAAAGAAGAGCCUAGAAGAACAUCAUUAGACAACUCAAAAAACGAAUUGAAAGCUGAGCCUGAUGUAGAUAUGACUGAUGUUGUUGAGCUUGAGGAAAAAGCUGAAAAUAAGGGAGAGCCAAAGCCAAGUCAUAGUAAGAUACAAUCAGUUAACGGAGAUGUUGCAAAGAACCAUAAGGAAGACAAGUCAUCAAAAAGACGUAUCAGUGAAGAAGUUGAAACUGAGUCACCACUCAAGAGACUCUGUCAGGAAGUAGAAAAGACAUUUCCGCAACAUGAUACCAUGAUAAAUGACUAUAUACAAACAGCCACCAAAAACAAUAUCGAUGAAAUACAGAGGCACACUGAACAAUUGUUGUCUGAAAUACAGACGCUUCGGGAACUGGCACAGAAGAAGGAGCAGGAGUGGAACAAUAUAUUGCACUUAAAAAAAGUAAAAGAGGAAAUAUUGUUGCGACUAUUGAGGAGAAAGCAAGUGCUGUCUUUCGAGAAAGCCGCUGAGGUGAACGGCUCAGAUAGAACUGAUCCGUUUGAUUACUUGAACCAAGCGAAGAAUUUAGCAAUAGAUAAGAGCGAUGAGAUAUCAGGGCUGGCGAUUAAGCAGCCACCUUCAACGAUCAAUCCAAUGAUGCCUACACCUGUGAUGCCUGUCACAAGUCAUUUUAACCCUAUGUCCGGUUUGCCGCCACCCUACGACAAAGCGGCUCAUAUGCAGUCUAUGCCGAAGCCGGUGUUCCCCCAGCCAAUGAUGAUGGCUGGGCCAAUGCCUGGCUUCCCCAGAGAUAUGAAUGGCCAAUUGUCAGCAGGGUUCAAUAUGCCAAUGGGUCGACAAGGGCCUACUAAAGACGUGAAGUCUAUUAUAGCUGACUACAGACAGAGAAAUCCUGAAGUGACACCCCGGCGUGGUAGACGCAUGAAGUCACUUCUGAACCCGAACAUGAUGAAUCCGCCGAGACCGAUCGCACCGAAAAUGGAUAACAUGAACAGUUUAAGUAAUCUCAAUAUGCUGUUCAAUAAUUUGGAUAUGAAUCAAAAAGCGAUGCUAGAACGGCUUCAACAAAUGCACGGGCUACCAAAUGGGCUGUCCUUCAAGGAUGUGCUAGUUCAAUUCGCGAGUAUGCAACAGAGCUCGGGUCUGAUCCCUAGGCCGCCUGAGACGGCCACGCGACAUGACCGGCUCGACCGGCCUGACCGACUCGACCGACCGGACCGACCUGACCGACCUGAUCGACCGGAACGACCAGAUCGACCCGAGCGCGCCGACCGACCAGGACCCGAUCGGUCAGACCGUCGCCGCGACAGACACGAGGAGCUCGCGCCGAAAUCGGCGGAGCGUCUCGCGUCGCCGAAUCCCCGCCUCCCUCCACCGCCGCCAUACCCAGAAAUAUCACUAUUACCUGUCACCACAAGUCAGGAAACUGCACAACAGAACUCCUUGCUCCACGGAAUCCUUACUAAGAACUGCGGCGAGAUCACUAUAACGCCGGUGCAGCCGGUGGGCGUGGCCGUGCCCGCUCCCGCGUCCGCACCCGCCGCCGCACCAGCGGCUACCACCGAGUCGCAGCCUGACAAGACCGAGGAGGUCGUCCAAUUGGACGACGAGGAAAGUCCCGCGUCUGAGGCGUCAGAGGGCGCGUCGCCGGAGGGUUCGGGCGGGUCGGGGGGCUCCGCGGGGCGCCUCGUGAUCGACGAGGGGGGCGCGGAGGCGGAGGCGCCGCUGUGCCAGGGCUGCCGCCGCCGCGACGCGCAGUUCGUGUGCGCCGGCUGCGCCAACCAGUGGUACUGCAGCCGCGACUGCCAGGUCGCGGCGUGGGAUGAACACUCGGAAAUGUGCUCCGGGUAAGAGCACCCGUUCCCGUGGGACGCGAGUUCUCCAAGACGUACCUUAAGUAGUGUCAUUUGCCUUAUAACUAGUAGAACGAAAUAAGCGAAUCUCUAUAUAACUUCUCUUUAGCGCUUCGAAACGAACUUAUUGUUUGUGCUGCGCUAUUUGUGUUUGAGAAGUCGAUAAAAGUUAUGAUCGUAACAAUCAUAUAAUAUACCUUCUUUUUU